GUGUAUGUAAUAGCAUAUUUGUGAGAGAUGUAUAGUUUGAAAUUAUCAUCAGAACUAAAAUGUAGUUUAUAAGAAACCCGAGACCCUUUGGAAAAGUUAAAAAGAAACCUUUUUUGAAAGAAUUUUUCCAGUGCUGCAGAAGGACCGCCUUUCACUUACUGAGUAAGCAUGUAGCAGAGACUGUUCAGAUUAAUGAGCUUUUCCAUUAACAGUUUCAAUGAGAGUUCCAGCAGUGCUCUUAGAGACACCUCAGCUUUUGCCUGUGUUCCUGGUUGCAGCUGGCCCUCAGUGGGAUUCCCUGCCCAUCCUAUUACUUUUAUUCAUUUCUUUUGCCUUCAUUUCAUUUAUCUCCCUCUGCUUGCACACUUUAUCACCUGAACAUUUGAGAGCAGCAGCUCUUUGUGCUGGGUGCCCUGUGAGCUCCUGUGAUCAUUAGCCUGCAGCAGUUUUACUUGUGCGUGGAGAAGGAAGAAAAUGGCCUGUGCUGAGUAUUCUUUUCAUAUGCCAAGUCUAGAGGAACUUGUUGGAGUUCUGCAGAAGGGGCUAAAGGAUAACUUUGCUGAUGUGCAGGUGUCUGUGGUUGAUUGCCCUGAUUUGACUAAGGAGCCAUUUACCUUUCCUGUAAAAGGAAUCUGUGGUAAAACUAGAAUUGCAGAAUUAGGAGGUGUGCCUUACUUAUUGCCUCUUGUAAAUAAGAAAAAAGUUUAUGAUCUAAAUAAGAUUGCAAAAGAAAUCAAGCUUCCUGGAGCUUUCAUUCUUGGAGCGGGGGCAGGUCCAUUUCAGACUCUUGGGUUCAAUUCCGAGUUUAUGCCAGUGAUUCAAACAGAAAGUGAACACAAACCUCCUGUGAAUGGAAGUUACUUUGCCUCCAUUAACCCUGAUGAUGGAGGAUGCCUACUCGAGAAAUACAGUGAGAAAUACCAUGAUUAUGGGUGUGCAUUACUGGCUAACCUUUUUGCCAGUGAGGGCCAACCUGGAAAGGUCAUUGAAGUGAAAGCCAAAAGAAGAAAUGGAAAACUUAAUUUUGUGACCUGUAUGAGACAGACUCUUGAAAAACAUUAUGGAGACAAGCCUGUAGGGAUGGGAGGUACUUUCGUAAUUCAGAAAGGAAAAGUGAAGACUCAUGUUAUGCCUAGAGAAUUUUCUCCCUGCCCUUUGAACUCUGAUGAAGACGUGAAUAACUGGUUGCAUUUUUACGAGAUGAAGGCUCCUUUGAUUUGUCUGCCAGUUUUUGUCUCCAAAGACCCAGGGUUUGAUUUGCGAUUGGAGCACACUCACUGUUUUAGUCAUCAUGGAGAAGGUGGACACUACCAUUAUGACACUACCCCAGAUAUAGUGGAGUAUCUUGGCUACUUCUUACCUGCAGAGUUUCUCUAUCGCAUUGAUCAACCAAAAGAGACUCACUCAUUUGGGCGGGAUUAAGUCAACUGCUAUUUAUUUA